GCAUUGUAUGAAUACUGGACCAACCCCCUUUCUUAUCUCUCUUCUGCAGUUCUGCUAUCUCUAUUGUCAAAAAUCUCUGCCUUUCUCUUCGUCUCUUCCCUCUUUAUUUUUCUUCCCUGAAAUCCUCCUCCUCCUUUUUCAGGAGGAGCCUCUUAGGCAACCCAGGCGUGGUUGGAAGGGUGCAGAUCUUAAAGUUAAAAGAUUUAGUUGGAAGAGAAAAAAGAAAGAAAGAAGGAAAAGAUGAACAGGAUGAGCAUGUAUCAGCAAAAGAACAGCAUGGGAUUGGGACUAGGAGGGUGGUGCGUGGAGGAGAGAGAUAACUCUGUGGUGUGCCCAAAGCCUCGCCGGUUGGGCCUUUCCGACCCUUCUUUUCACGACCACCAUUUCAGACCCUCUCUCAGAUGGCCCAUCAUUCAUCAAACUGAGAUCGGAGAUUCAAAAGCAGGAGCGGAGCUUUUGGAUAUUAUUCUCACAAAGGGAAAUUGUGCUGAGAAAUCCUGUAACCAAGUAGCUUCAUCACCACCAUUUUUCAGUGGAUCUCCCCCAAGCAGGGCUUCAAAUCCUGUAAUUCAAGAUGAGCAUUUUGGCAAGGAGAAUGUCAUUGCUUUAUCUCAAGCACCUCCCUCGCCUUCUGCCCGCCGAGGAUGUGUCCGGAUGAAAUUCGGCCACACACCGGCCCCAGUUCGAGUCGAAGGCUUUGAUUGCCUCAGCACAGAUAGGAGAAAUUGUAGCAUCUCAGCUGUGGCUUAAACAAUUGAAAAAUGCAAAAAUAAUUACUAUCAAUCACCCUAUGUUCAAAGAGCAAUGGAGAUUUUGGGAGAGAGAGAGAGAGAGAGAGAGAGAGAGAGCUAAUGUUAAUGUUUUUAGUGAAAUGAAAGAUGGUGUAAAUACAAGGUCAAUGGUUGUUUUGUUCGUUGUUGGGUUUUUGUGUAUUAAAAAGUCUAAAGAAGAUGUAUCAUCAUGUAAAUUUUAAGGUGUUGGGAGAGAGGUGGUUUAAUUUUGAGGAAUAAAUUAUUAGAGAAAGAAAGAGCAAGUCUUUCCCUUCUCUUUGUUUAGGUUGUUUUUAUUUUUAAUUUUCAGUGCCUUUCAGAAGAGUUUGAAGACUUUUAGGAAGCUUCGUUGGGAGUCUGUAAUCUCUUGUAUCGUCUUUCUAUUCCUCUUUGUAAUUGUAAGUUGGAGGAAAAUGAGGAUAAAAAAGUAUUUGGAAUUUUGCUUA